AACUGGACAAAACAGCCUCGAAAAGUGACUUCAUCGGCGAUCCAGUACUUUGCGACUCUAUUGUACUCUAUGUUAUUCUAUGCCAAAAAGUAAAUAUUGUGAAUUUGUGACAAUUGAUCCCAUCCCAAACAAAAUUUUCAUAGAAUUUUCUCUUUGGUAAUUGUUCAAGACUGACCAACUAAAAUCAAUGCCAUACAUAAUUGUGAGCAGCAUCAUUGAGCAGUGCCCGCGGAAAGUAUCGGUCUCUGGUCUAAAAGUUCAUCCGUCCAAACUAAAUGCAAAAUAUAGGCAAAAUCUGGUUUCUACUUUGCCCCGAUUCUACAUCUUCGAAUUGAUGAAUUGGGCCAUACAUUGCAGUUGGGACUACAAUUCCUGUCUUGGUUUAGAAUCAACUCAUGUCACAUACAGGAUCGGAGAGGAUCGGUACACAAAUUUCCCAAAACAUCGGACAAACGCAGGUCAGGACAUUGAACAGCUGGCUGAGUUCAGAUCAAUCUCUCAAAUUGAUGAGUUUACAGUUUUGUUUCGAGAGCAUGUCUGUGUUAUGUUGUCUGCCUUAGAAGUAUUGGGUUACCAAGUUGUAACGUCAUCCUCAACAUUGGGGCCUGACCCUGCUCACAUAACGCAUAUAUGGACUAUGAGAAGGGCUCUUGCUGAUCCAGAUCUGAUCUCCGCUGAUGAUUCUCCCUAAAGAAUGUUGGAAGAAAA